CCCCUGACCCUCUUUCUGGACAGUGCUGAUUGGUCCUGUGCUGAUCACAUGCACUCUCCCAAGGGAAAAAAAAAUCUCUAGCAAAACACACCAAACUGAGCAUGUGCAGAGUGACUCUAAGCCUCUGUUCUAUCAAGAGAUAUAUCGGGGAGCACUGGAAGAAGGGGAGGAUCAGAGAAGUCAGGAUCAAAACAGAGUUUUUUUACACAAUGCAGAGGAUUAACCCCUUAGGUUCCACAAUGAGUAUAACAAGCAUGCUUUACUGCAUAUACAGACUGAUUUUACUGUUGUGGGUUUAG